AUGAGGAUAAAAUUGAACAAUUUAUUUUAUAUCAAUAUUAUUUUAUUAUGUUUGCCUACAGCUGAGCUUACUCUAUCGCGAAAAUCUCCAAAAAGUAAGGAAAAAGAUAAAGAAAUAAAAAAUAAUAUAACCGGAACCGAUAAUAAAGUAAGGUUAGGGCCUCAGAAUUACAAUGUUUUUAAUAAAAACUUGGUCAGCGAAAAUCCUACGUCCCAAGAAAUACUUACGAACCAUAAAGGAUUUUAUAAAGAAGUAGAUGAUUUUAAUUUCCCAGGAAUGGUCUUGGGGUAUGUAACACCUUGGAAUAAUCAUGGAUAUGAUAUAGCCAAGAUAUUUGGAAACAAAUUUACUCAUAUUAGUCCAGUUUGGCUUCAAAUUAAGCGUACAGGAUUCGAAAAAUAUGAGAUAUCAGGUACACAUGAUGUAGAUAAAGAUUGGAUGACAACUGUGAAAAAUGCUGGAAGGGAAAGAAAAUUAAAAAUUGUUCCUAGAGUUUUAUUCGAAGGUUGGACAGGACAGGACUACACAUAUCUCUUAUCUAACAAAGAAGAAAUGCAAGCUUUGAUUAAAUCAUUUAUUCAAACAGCCAAAAAAUACAACUUUAAUGGUUAUGUAUUUGAAGUUUGGACUCAGUUGGUACAAGUACUUAAAUUUGAUGUAUUAGUUAAUUUUAUUAAAGAGUUAUGUGACUCUCUUAAUAUUGAAGGAUUGGACUGUAUUCUAGUUAUACCUCCAAAAAGAGGACAGGAGGAACUGUUUACUGAUGAGCAUUUUGAUGCUUUAUAUGAUCAUGUUACAGCAUUUUCCCUUAUGACGUAUGACUUUUCAAAUCCAAGAGCACCAGGUCCUAAUGCUCCGUAUUCCUGGGUAGAAGAUUGUAUUAGUUCAUUGAGUUCUGAAAGUUCAAAACGUUGGAAGAUACUAACAGGUCUAAAUUUUUAUGGAAAUGACUAUCAUCAAUCUGGUGGGGGACCAAUUGUCAUGAACGAGUAUACUGAGAGGUUGAAAAUGUUUAAUGGUGUGUUACAAUAUGACCCUGACACGGCAGAGCACUUUUUUGAAUACAAAGAUAAAAAUGGAAAGAAGCAUGUAGUUUUUUAUCCUACUCUACAUUCAAUCAAUCAUAGAUUGGAAUUGUUUAAGAAUUUAAAUACUGGAGUAGCUAUAUGGGAAUUGGGCCAAGGAUUAGAUUAUUUUUAUGAUUUAUUGUGA